CUCUGUCUCUGCCUCUCUCUCUCACACUCCCUCUCUCUCGGUUUUACAGCCUUACUACGCCACCCGCAUCAACGCGGCCGACAUUGAGAACCGGGUUCAGGAGCUGAACAAAACCGAGAACCGCGAGGCAGCCAAGGGAGGGUUCUGGGAAGAAUUUGACGCGUUACAGAAGCAGGAGGAUGCCAAGAAGCAGAGUCGCACCGAGGGUCAGCGCCCUGAGAACAAGGCCAAGAACCGCUACAAGAAUAUUUUGCCCUUUGAUAGCACUCGAGUCGUUCUCCAAACCAGAGAAGACAGCCCACCCUUUUCGGACUAUAUCAAUGCCAACUACAUCAAGUUCGAGGUGAUGGUCCACAGGUGCGGGAGGAUGGUGCCCAAGACCUGCAUCGCCACCCAGGGAUGCCUUCUUGCCACUGUCAACGACUUCUGGCAAAUGAUCUGGCAAGAGGACACGCGAAUCAUCGUCAUGACAACGCGGGAGGUCGAGAAGGGCCGGAACAAGUGCGUUCCUUACUGGCCGGAACUGAACGGGGAGAAGGAAUACGGAGUCUACACCGUGCGGAGUGUGGCUGAACGCGAGGCAAUCGACUACAAGAUUCGCGAGCUGGACGUGGUGUUAACGGGCAAGAGUUCGAGGCCGAGGAAGAUAUUCCACUACCAGUACCUGAGCUGGCCGGACCACGGGGUGCCCUCCGAACCCGGGGGGGUCCUGAGUUUCCUGGAGCAGGUCAACAACAAGCAGGGGGAGAUGCAAGAGGCUGGACCCAUCGUGGUGCACUGCAG